AUGUCGUCCCUCAUCAACAAGGCCAAGGACGCCCUCAGCGGUCACAAGGAGCACAACAACACGACCACCACCUCCUCCGCCACUCACCACCACGAGAAUGUGCCCGCCAACACCACCCACAACACCACAGGCAACCUGUACUCCACCACCAACACAGCCGCUGCCCCCACUGGCGACGCCCACAACCUCGUUGGCGGCUCCAACAACCCCAUGGGCACCUAUACCGAGCCAACCCACGAUCCCCGCGGCGCAAACGCCCACUCGCACGUCACUGACGACGACGCCAGAGCCCGCAACCACAACGCCCUCGGCCGCGAGCCCAUGCCCACAGAGACCACCAAGUCUGGCCCGGUCCACCACAACGAGGCGCUCAACAAGCUCGACCCGCGCGUCCACAAACACCAACACACUGCCACCACCGGUACGGGCGUCGCAAGCGGUCACCGGCCCUCCGACCCCAGGAAUGCGGCCCAUGUGCCUCCCAGCGUGUUGAAGGAGCAUGUUGGCGAGCCUACAGUGGAGCACGACUACCCCGAAGACUCUACACACAAGAGGCAUUCGGUCAGCCACCAGGAGCAGCAUCUCAUGAAGUAG